AUGCGCCCCCUCACAGAAAAGGAGACACAGACUCUCUUCGAGAAGCUGGCAAACUACACUGGUGGCUCUCUCAAGAACCUCAUCGCCCCUCUCGACGACUCUCCUAACGCUGAUCGCUAUGUCUUCCGUCUCGUUCGCGAUCGUGUCUUUUACGUUCGCCUUUCUAUUGCCAACCUGGCUACCUCUAUCGCGCGCGAGAAGCUUCUGUCUCUAGGAACUUGUCUUGGCAAGUUCACCAAGACGGGCAAGUUCCGUCUGCACAUCACAGCCCUCCCCAUCAUCGCCGAGCACGCCCGCUACAAGAUCUGGGUCAAGGAAAACGGAACCAUGCCUUUCCUUUACGGCAGCAACAUCGUCAAGGCUCACGUUGGCCGCUGGUCCGAGGACUGCCCUGAGCACCAGGGAGUCGUGGUCUACAGCAUGAACGACACCCCGCUCGGAUUUGGUGUCACAGCCCGCAGCACCGCUGAGGCACGAAGACUGGACCCUACUGGUGUUACCUGCUUCAGACAGGCCGACUGUGGAGAGUACCUCCGUGACGAAGACAACUUGUUUGCGACCGGUUAG